CGCAUUUUAAUAGCACUUCGUAACCGGAAGUCGUCAAACGAAUGGUGGACUAAACAAAACGUGAGGAAAACGACGAUUUGACCGGCUUCUUUAAAUCGCUGCAUUUUCAAUACAUUUCAAGAUGACCGAGGAGGUCCAGAAGCACUCGGUCCACACAUUGGUGUUCAGAUCACUGAAGAGAACACAUGACAUGUUUCUGUCAGAACAAGGGACAGCACCUGGUAAAGAUGAAAACAGUGAGAAAAAUUGGAAACUUUGUAAACUGCGAGCAGAUUAUGGUCAGGUGAAAGAUUUACCAAAGGAAGGAGGAAGAAAGGCGAUGAUUUCCAGAGAUGUCAUUCGACCAUAUGGAGAAAGUAACUACCAUGAUUCAGAGACAGGAGUACUUGGAACCCAUCCUUACCCAAAUGGACCAGGUGUUCAGUUGACGGACGGGACGGCACAACACAUGGAUCCCAGUGGUGCUGGCAGCAGGGAGGUCAUGCUAUACGAACAGUCAAGACAAACAGGUGUUUCGUCAGGUGCAAGUGUUCAUGAAAUUCGGCAAAAUGCUGGUCUCUCAGAGAGAAUGGAUCCAACUACAAGAAACAUCAGCGUAGGACAGCAACAAAUGCUGGUGCCAAGGAAAGCUCCCACAAUGCCUAAACCACAAUGGCAUCCCCCUUGGAAACUCUACAGGGUGAUCAGUGGUCACCUGGGGUGGGUCAGGUGUAUUGCUGUGGAGCCAGGGAAUGAAUGGUUUGUCACCGGAGCUGGCGACCGAGUCAUAAAGAUCUGGGAUUUGGCAACAGGGACAUUGAAGCUGUCUCUGACCGGUCACAUCAGCUCUGUCCGUGGUGUGGCGGUCAGUCCGCGACAACCAUACCUCUUCUCCUGUGGUGAAGAUAAACAGGUCAAGUGCUGGGACCUGGAGUACAACAAGGCUAUCCGCCACUAUCACGGUCAUCUGAGUGCGGUCCACUCACUGGACAUUCACCCCACCAUCGACAUCCUGUGUUCCUGCGGCAGGGACGGCACUGUCCGGGUGUGGGACAUGCGGACCAAGGCCUGUGUGCACACCUUGGUGGGCCACCAGAACACCGUCGCCGUCGUCAAGUGCCAGGCAGCAGAGCCCCAGGUGGUGACAGGCAGCCAUGACUGUACGGUGAGACUGUGGGACUUGGCGGCUGGGCGCACCAAGGUCACUCUCACCAACCACAAGAAGAGUGUGAGGGGACUGGCCCUGCAUCCUACACAGUACACCUUCGCAUCAGCAUCCCCGGACAACAUCAAGCAGUGGAAGUUCCCUGACGGUAACUUCAUACAGAAUCUGUCCGGACACAAUGCCAUUGUGAACAGUCUGGCAGUCAACUCGGACAACAUCCUCGUUUCAGCAGCUGACAAUGGUACAAUGCACUUCUGGGACUGGCGGACUGGCUACAACUUCCAGCGUCUUCAGGCUGCCGUACAACCUGGCUCCAUCGACUCUGAGGCCGGCAUAUUUGCAGUCCAGUUUGACAACAGCGGAACACGGCUCAUCACUGCAGAGGCUGACAAGACCAUUAAGAUCUACAAGGAGGAUGACUCAGCGACAGAGGAGUCCCAUCCUAUCAACUGGCGUCCGGACAUUCUCAAGAAGAAGAGAUACUGAACCCUUCCCCCAUCAGCAUGUGUAUAUAACCACCAUCCUGCAUCUGUACACAGACAGCCUGUCCAACACUGCUCCAUUGUGUGACGGCAUAAAGACAACAGUCGCCAUUGUGGUGUAUGUGAGAAGCAGGGAGACACUACUGGCCAUAAAAGCAUCAUUUUUUAACAAACAUUGUUGAGGAGAAUUCUGAAUGACCUGAUGUUUCAAAAAUAAAUCAAUGAUUCUUAGGAUUAAUAUGAAGUUCUGAUAUCAUCCAAGAGAGUGCAGCUUGUUUUAAACAUUUCCAUUUUCAUUCUUAUUCUUGUAUAUAUGAAGAGCAUGAUCCUGGCAAAGACAAUGAGGUGUUUGUAGGAAUAAUGUCAUGGUAGGAUUGAAGAAUUACUUUCCAACUUUGGUAUUGAAAUGUAUGUAAACAUUGGUAACUGAAAAGUUAUGGGAAGCAGAAUGAGUUGAAUAGUUCCCAGACUGUUUAAAGGUUAUUUCUUAAAUAAAUCUAUUUGUAGUGUCCAUUGCCACAUUUGAUGUUAACGGUGAUGCAUAAACUCUGUGUCACCCAGAUUCCAGAAAUAAGGUGUUGAUUCAGAACAAGUGAAUAAAAGGAUUUAUUUGUA